AUGGGAAUGCAGGGCCCCUUAACUGCCCAAGCGCUUGGCCGGUCUCCUUAUGACGAUGUUGUUGAAUGGGAUGAUGAUCAUGACGAGCUACCAAAUGACUCUGGCCAACAAUAUGACCAUCGAGGCCGUCCCAUCAACACUGAAACGAAAAGAGUCAACAGAGACAUCAUUCGUUCCCAUAAUGAAGUUAUGCUAGUUAUUGGCGUCGCUGAGCAAGAGAGUUCAACUACAAAUCCAGAGGCCGAGUCUGAUAAACGUCAUGCCAUGUAUGAGGAUGACGUGGGCACAAACCUUGCCUUCUCGGCCCUUCGUUGCGUGGACGCUGCCGGUGCCUUUGGACUAGAUGGAUUCCGUCAGCGAGUCUUGAUUUACAAACGCUAUUCUCACAUCCCGUUUUGGGAUUUGUAUGCACAGUCCCGAAGUACCUUUUCUAUCUCCCAAGAUCUUCUGCCUGGUGCUUCCGUAAAUCUUUUCGGUAAUUACAUCGACCGACAAAUUGCUAUAUUGUGGCGCGACAGGCCCGACAGGAUGUUUGCUCGUCGACUCGCCCAUGAAGUCUGGUCAUACGUUCGGGUUCAUCUAGAGCUAUAUAUUUCUCUGCAACGGCUUGGCCUGGCCUCAAGCACUAACUGGCUCCCAAGCCUAUCCUUCUUCGUCCCAUUUACUCAAGAUUCGCCAAUUCCAGCCCCACCACCAGCAAAGGAUCUUUCUUUCCAGUCUCUUUUACAGUGGGUUGGAGGCUUGUGCAUAUGUUCGACGCCGUUCCUCGUCUGGGUAAUGUCCCAGAGACUGAUCCGUGACUGGAGACCCCAAAUUUGGGCGAGAGUAUUUCGGUGGUUACCGAACACUGGUUCUCUCCCUGGCGUGACUAACAGCUGGAUGCAAGCCGACAGGUCUGGAGAGCACCGGCGUGCUCGGAGCACAAUCGACGAUGUGUCGCCAAUACGGCCGAUCGACGGACAAAUGCCCAACGAUACAGGUCCAGUAGAAGCUGUUCGGCGGCCAAGUACUUUCUCGGCGCGUGGGGAUGACUAUGCAACUGACGAAGAAGAUAAUGAAGGGCUUAGUGCCACCUUGAUCAGCUUUGAUGUCGAAGCCACUGCUGAAACCAGCGAAGCACCUCCUGGACUCUGGAGCGCCGAAUUAAGACCAAGUGUUGAAGCAAGGGGAGCGCUUAUGCCUACAAACACCUACUGCGAUACGAUGCUGACGCAGCUUCCCCCUUUGAUUGCCUCACAUAUCUUUACUGAUGCCGUUUUGAGAUUGGUGACUGCACCGUGGGAAGCAACUGCUCUGCGGUUGAUGGCGCAUAGUCUCCGCCAACGGUUUAAUCUCCCAACUCAUGACGUUUGCGAAAUUAAUCUUCUCAGUCAUCUCGAUUUGACAUUCGCUAUCAACUUUCUCGGCACUCAAUUGCUGCAUUUAGCUUUGUGCGGAGAGAUUUGGGCAGCCUUCACGACAGUGGCCACAGUUUUACACACAACCCCUGACGAGUGGCGGGAAGCCGAAGCCGAGGAGCAGGAGAAAGGACAAGAUUGGACAGAUGAGACUAUUUAA